AUGGCGUCUUCACUCGCCCUUCAACUCGCAUGCGCCCCGCUCGCUUCACUCGCCAUCGCUCGUGCUCCAUUGAGCACUCCGCCGCAAUUCGCGGCCGCGCGUCACGCCACCCUAGUCGCGGCUCGUCCGUCCGCUCGUGGCCAGCCUCUUCGAAGGAACAGUGCUGGCAUUGCCCGCGCCGCCAAUGACGGCGCGCCAGCUGUCACGAGCGUGUCGGUGGACGAGGCGCGCGAGCUGGUGGCGGCGGGCCACACGUACCUGGACGUGCGAACGCCAGAGGAGUUCCGGGCAGCACAUGUGCAGGGAGCAGUGAACAUCCCCUUCAUGCUCAAGUCGCCCGCGGGCAUGGUGAAGAACGAUGCCUUCGUCGCUGACGUCAAGGCAAAGUUCGAGGAGGACACUCCACUCGUUGUGGCGUGUCAGGGAGGGGUGCGAUCCAUCCGGGCUGCUGCAGAGCUUCAGAAUGCUGGCUUCUCAGGAAUCACUGACAUGCUCGGGGGCUUUGCAGCGUGGCAGCAGAAGGGCUUUCCCUCCGUCUUUUGA